AUGACAGAAAAAAGUGGAGUUAUCACUAUACAUCAUAUGCGCCUGCACCGUUGUGAAGGCUGCCUCGCGGCCUGUCGGCCCGAGCGCGGCUCUACGCCCACACACACUCUCAUUAGGAAUAAUCAAUUGAAGCGAGCGAGACGGUCGUCUUACACUGCUCCGCUGGACAAAGUACGCAAAAUGGUUGAACCGGCGCCCCCCACCCCUCCUGACAAUAAUGCCCCUCCAAUGCCCUGGUUCGGUAUGGACAUAGGUGGCACUCUAACUAAGCUCGUCUACUUCGAGCCCCGUGAGACGAAUAGACGAGAGCUGGAUAAAGAGACGGAAGUACUAAAGAACAUACGACGGUACCUGACGAGGAAUUCUGCGUAUGGCAAGACUGGGAGGCGUGAUGUACAUUUACAGAUGGAAAACGUAACGAUUCGUGGAAGACGAGGCACACUCCAUUUCAUCAGGUUCCCGACGAGCGAAGUGGGGGCGUUCCUACAGCUGGCCAGGUCUAAGGGUAUGGCGGCCUUGGUUAACACCAUAUACGCGACUGGUGGUGGAGCGUUCAAGUUUGAAGAGGAUUUUAUUAAGGAGGUGAACAUGCGUUUGUCCAAACUGGACGAAUUAGAUGCGCUUAUAGCUGGUGUUCUUUUCGUGGACUCAAUGAACCCUCAAGAGUGUUACUAUUGGGCUCCCCCAGAGAACGGUGCCACCAGCAAGGAUACUCCGCCCUACCUCGAACCCGCACUAAGCCAGUACGUGCGCAAACCCUUCGACUUCUCGAACCCGUAUCCCUUCCUGCUGGUGAACAUUGGCAGUGGCGUCUCCAUGUUGGUGGUGAACGCGCCCAACGACUACUACAGAGUUAGCGGUACCAGCCUCGGUGGAGGGACCUUCCUUGGUCUGUGCUGCCUGCUGGCCGGCUGCAGCAGCUUCGAGGAGGCCAUCGCGCUGGCCGCUGCUGGAGACAACACCUCGGUGGACAAGCUGGUCAAGGAUAUAUAUGGAGGGGACUACGAGAGGUUCGGCCUGCGAGGCGAUCUGGUGGCUAGCAGCUUCGGCCACAUGUGCUCGGCGGAGCGCCGCGCGCGCGUGUCCCGCGCCGACCUGGCGCGCGCCACGCUCGUCACCAUCACCAACAACAUCGGCUCCAUCGCCAGACUCUGCGCCUCCAACGAGCGCCUCGAGAGGGUGGUGUUCUGCGGCAACUUUCUGCGAGUGAACCCGCUAUCCAUGAAGCUGCUGUCCUACGCCAUGUCGUACUGGUCCCGCGGGGCGCUGAAGGCCUUGUUCCUGGAGCAUGAGGGUUACUUCGGAGCGGUGGGCUGUCUGCUCCAUUACGAUACUAAAAACCACAAACACAACGUGUCCCCUCGCGAGGCGACCUUCCCGCCCGCGCCGCAAGCGGACAGA